AUGGUGAAGUCUGGGAGAAACAAGCACAUGAAUGUAGGUGGAAGUAACUUAAACAGGGAUGAUGCUGGUAGUAACAUAGACAGGGAUGAUGCUGGGAGUAACAUAGACAGGGAUGAUGCUGGGAGUAACAUAGACAGGGAUGAUGCUGGGAGUAACAUAGACAGGGAUGAUGCUUUGAGUAACAUAGACAGGGAUGAUGCUUUGAGUAACAUAGACAGGGAUGCUGCUGUGAGUAUCAUAGACAGGGAUGAUGCUGGGAGUAACAUAGACAGGGAGGAUACUGCUAGUAACAUAGACAGGGAUGAUGCUUCGAGUAUCAUAGACAGGGAUGAUGCUGGGAGUAACAUAGACAGGGGUGAUGCUGGGAGUAACAUAGACAGGGAUGAUGCUGGGAGAAACAUAGACAGGGAUGAUGCUUUGAGUAACAUAGACAGGGAUGAUACUGGGAGUAACAUAGACAGGGAUGAUGCUGCUAAUAACAUAGACAGGGAUGAUGCCGAGAGUAACAUAGACAGGAAUGAUGCUUUGAGUAACAUAGACAGGGAUGAUGCUGGGAGUUACAUAGACAGGGAUGAUGCUUUGAGUAAAAUAGACAGGGAUGAUACUGGGAGUAACAAAGACAGGGAUGAUGCUUUGAGUAAUAUAGACAAGGAUGAUGCCGAGAGUCACAUAGACAGGGAUGAUGCUUUGAGUAACAGCGACAGGGAUGAUACUGGGAGUAACAUAAACAGGGAUGAUACUGGGAGUAACAAAGACAGGGAUGAUGCUUUGAGUAAUAUAGACAGGGAUGAUACUGGGAGUAACAUAGCCAGGGAUGAUGCUUUGAGUAACAUCGACAGGGAUGAUACUGGGAGUAAAAUAAACAGGGAUGAUACUGGGAGUAACAUAGACAGGGAUGCUGCUUUGAGUAACAUAGACAGGUAUGAUGCUGAGAGUAACAUAGACAGAGAUGAUGGUGGGAGUAACAUAGACAGGGAUGAUGCUGGGAGAGUAACAUAG